GUGCGCUAGCCCAAGCGGGUGCCCGCCCUCCCGCAACAGCCCGAAUUCCCGGGAGGGAGGGGCGGGUCUGGGAACGGUGCGGCGGCAGCCGCUGCUGCCCCAGCACUCAGGGCUCUUCCCGGACCGAGCCCGUGCCUCCUCGGGUGGCGCUCACCCGGGCCCAGAUGGUGGGUCCGGAGGAUGCCGGAACCUGCUCGGGAAGAAACCCCAAGUUGCUCCCUGUGCCGGCGCCCGAGCCCGCAGGCCUGGACGGGAAGAUGAUUCGGGCCACGGACGGCUUUGGCGGAGGCGCCGGCGCUGUGGAGACUCCGGAGGAGCAGGAGGAGGAAGAAGAGGAGGAGGAGACGCCGCCGCCUCAGCAGCUCCUUAGGCGUUAUCUCGCGGAGACCGGGGGGCAGCUGGAGCCCGGGCUGUGCUACUGUCCGCUCCCCGCCGGCCAGCCCCGCGUUCUGCCACGCUCUGCAGCCCCGCACUCGGACGCCUGCCCGCCGGACGCGGGCUCCAAGCACCGCGGCGCGGAAGCGGCGGAUGUCCGCGCGGCGCGGCACGGAGGCAUGACCAACGGGGACUCGGGCUUUCUGCCGGGCCCAGACUAUCGCGACCUGGCCCACGCCGGCGGCCGGGAGCCGCGCCACCGCCGCCUCCGCCCGGAGGGGCCUGGCGACGAGGGCGCGGACGGCGCGGGCAGCCCGUCCGACUGGGCCGCGCCGCUCGAGGACCCGCUGCGGAGCUGCUGCCUGGCGGCGGCGGACGCCAAAAGGCCCGAGGAUGCGGGCAGCGGCUCGGGGGGCAGUCCGGCCAGCAGCGGCAGUGGCAGCGAGGACUUGGAGCAGCCGGGAGCCGGCCCCGGGGGUCCCGAGGAGGGCGCGUCGCCGGUCACCUCGGCCGAGAGGACUAGCGGAGGCGCCGGCGCCGAGUCGCGCCUCGUUUUCUCCGACGUUCACUUGAACUCUCGGAACACAUUCGAGGUGAGCCGCCACCAGAGCGCCCGCGACCACCUGCCGCCGUCGGCGCCGCCGGUGCCCUCGCCUGCCGCGGAGCAGGGCCCCGCGGGGACCUCGGCCCGGGCUCGACGGAGCGGCGGCUUCGCCGACUUCUUCGCCAGAAACCUUUUUCCAAAAAGGACAAAGGAACUCAAGUCAGUUGUACAUAGUGCUCCUGGUUGGAAAUUAUUUGGUAAAGUCCCUCCCAGAGAGAAUCUUCAGAAAACUUCCAAAAUCAUUCAGCAGGAAUAUGAAGCACGAACAGGGAGAACCUGUAAACCACCACCUCAGUCUUCAAGACGAAAGAAUUUUGAAUUUGAGCCACUCUCUACCACUGCCCUGAUUCUUGAGGAUCGACCGUCAAAUCUUCCUGCCAAAUCUGUGGAAGAAGCUUUACGUCACCGACAAGAAUAUGAUGAGAUGGUGGCUGAGGCUAAAAAACGAGAAAUUAAAGAAGCACAUAAAAGAAAAAAAAUAAUGAAAGAACGAUUUAAACAGGAAGAAAACAUUGCAAGUGCAAUGGUAAUUUGGAUCAAUGAAAUACUACCCAAUUGGGAAGUAAUGCGUAGUACAAGAAGAGUUCGAGAAUUGUGGUGGCAGGGAUUGCCCCCUAGUGUCCGUGGGAAAGUUUGGAGUCUAGCUGUAGGAAAUGAACUAAAUAUCACUCCUGAACUUUAUGAAAUCUUCCUCUCAAGAGCAAAGGAACGGUGGAAAAGCUUCAGUGAAACAAAUUCAGAGAAUGAUGUAGAAGGUGUAUCUGUUGCUGAUCGGGAGGCCAGUCUGGAAUUAAUUAAGUUGGACAUAUCCCGUACAUUCCCAUCUCUCUACAUCUUUCAGAAGGGUGGCCCAUAUCAUGAUGUCUUACAUAGUAUAUUAGGGGCAUAUACAUGUUACAGACCUGAUGUUGGUUAUGUCCAAGGGAUGUCCUUCAUAGCAGCAGUUCUCAUUCUCAACUUGGAAGAGGCAGAUGCCUUCAUUGCAUUUGCAAAUCUCCUGAAUAAGCCAUGCCAGUUAGCCUUUUUUCGUGUGGAUCACAGCAUGAUGUUGAGAUAUUUUGCAACGUUUGAAGUAUUUUUUGAAGAAAAUCUCUCCAAACUGUUUCUUCAUUUCAAAUCUUACAGUCUUACACCAGACAUAUACUUGAUAGACUGGAUCUUCACACUAUAUAGCAAAUCACUACCACUUGAUCUGGCCUGUCGAGUCUGGGAUGUAUUUUGCAGAGAUGGGGAGGAAUUUUUAUUUAGGACUGGAUUAGGAAUCCUCCGACUAUAUGAAGAUAUUCUCCUACAGAUGGACUUUAUUCAUAUAGCACAGUUUCUAACUAAAUUGCCAGAAGAUAUCACAUCAGAAAAGCUGUUCACCUGUAUUGCAGCCAUCCAGAUGCAGAAUAGUACCAAAAAAUGGACUCAGGUCUUUGCAUCUGUGAUGAAGGAUAUUAAAGAAGGAGACAAGAAUAAUAGUCCAGCUCUGAAAAGCUAAUCUUCAAAAUUAACAGACUAAUUGCAAUAUUAAAAAAAUGUUUUUGAUAAAAGUAUUUUGUUUCCUAUGUAAACAGCAUGGAAGAAAAUGUUGAAGAAAGCUAAGAAUCAAGACUUGGAAAACUGCUGAUUUUGAAUUCCAUGGCUGAAGUAAAUGAGUACCUAUUGACAGUAUUAAUAAAAAAGUAUUUUAUAGGGAGAGCCAUUUUACAAAGAAAAAAGUUUAAAUGGCUAGUUCAUACUACGUAAUUUGGAGUGAACAGUUUAAUGCAAUAAAUUUUUUUAACAGCUUUGGAGAUAGUUCAAAUUUUUACAUCUUUUCUUUUUUAACAAUUAGCAUAAAGGAGGAGCAUAACAAUUAGCACUUUGGAGGUCAGAACAGGAUUGUUAAAUACUACUUUAACUUCCAAAAUACUAUUUGAAAUAAACACCUUAGUACAGAUAUUAUCUCCAGUUCCACACAUUUGAAGAUAUUAUAGACCAAGAAUAAGCAACGUUGAUUGUAAAUUAUUUACGUCACUGAAGUUGUUUAUCUUCACUCACAGGUUGGGGCAAAUUUAGGUUAUCUGGGAACUAGAAAUAUUGGUAGGAGAUUGUUUAGCAUUUGUGUAGGUGUUUUUCCACAGUACCAUGUCUAUUUGUUUUUGAAAGGAAAUUGUUUCAUUUCCUCAAGGAAUUCCUAUCACUCAGAGCAUUUUAGCCUCUCUGUUUCUAGUCUAAGAAAUUGUUCAUCUAGUAAUUUAAGAAAGCUAACUGGUAGAAGAAAUUUCUUUGCACUUUAAUGGACUGAAGGCUUUUUGGGGGGAGUAAGUCCAUAAAUAUAAAUGAGGUUUUUCACUGGUAAGAGUAAAAAGUCAUGAAUUUUGAGAGUUCUUAAUUAGAAUGCUACUUGGCAAGACUUUAAAUUUGUUAGUUAAAAUUCUUUCACUGUAGAAACAAAAUCUGUUAAUUCCAGUUUGAAAUUGGAAAUCUUAAUAUGUAGCCAAGUCCAUGACUUGUAAAACACUGUGUAUAAUUUUCUAAUCAAAGGAAAUAAGAGUAAAAGGUAAAAUUAAUUUUUUUCUAAUGAGUAACUUUGAUUAUAUUAGGAUAAAGGAAUGAUUAACUAUCGGUAAAUUGACAUUAAAUUUAUUAUAAUAUGUUUAAUUCUUAAACCUAAAAUAAAUCACUUGAAUAUCAUGAGUGAUAUCUAUAUAAAAUGGUAUUUGGUUAAUAAUUAGAUUAUAGUGUGCUUUUAUGUUGCAAUUUUGUUUGAAACAACACUUAAGCACACUAUUUCUGUUAGUGGUAUAUAGUCUUCAAACUAACAAGCCUGAGAACCUUGUUAGUGUAGCACCUGCCUCUUUAGGAGUAUGGGACCAGACGGUACCUAUGUAUUUUUACCCCAUGGGUCAUUCUAGCCUAGGGACCACUAAUGGAACCCUCAGAAGUUAACUCCUCUCCUAGGAGCUUGCUUAGUGGAAACUAGUAGUGUAGUAAAAUAUUGAGGGAGUACCCAGGGUCUUAAUAGGUUUUAGAAUGACAUUUUAACUCUGGUAACUACUUCCUUGGUAUUGGUGGCCCUGAUAGAGGGAAUGUAACCCCUGGCAGUAAUCUCAUUGAGGUUAUACUCCCUGCCUAAACUUAAUCUUACUUUUGUGUAUUUGUUUUCAGAGUUGGACCUAAGUUACUGUAUUUCUUUUUCUCAUUUUUAUUAUUGUAUAGUUUCUUUACCUUUCAAAUAUAAAUGUGUAUAUAAAAUGUAAAUACAAGGAAUUUAUUAAAAACCACUAUUAACAGUUACUGUGUAAAUAAAACUCGUAAGCAGAGUAAUUACUUGAAAUGAGUCUUCAUUAUUUUGGGGAUAUUUAACUACAUGUGGAGAUAAAAAGGGGAUAAACUUUUUU